AUGCUGGACGACCAUCGGCCAAAGAAUGUGAAACUGCGACAGGCCGGCAGUGGGCUUUGCAGGCCGUGGGACGUGGAGGUGGUGUUCAGGUACGACCACAUGUACCUAUAUCGUGGCUGGGAGCAGUUCGUCCGUGCCUACGACCUGCGGCACGGGUACUUCCUUGUCCUCAGGUACAAUGGCAACGCUACGCUCAUCGUGAAGGUGUUCAACACGACUAUGUGCCGCAUGCACUACCAGGACGACGAUGAUGCCAGCAAUGGGAGCAGCAGCAACGACUCUGGCUACAGCAAAAGCAGCAGCGAGGAUGUGGAGGAAUGGAGUGGGGAAGAAGUGGAGCUGAGUGGGGAUGAGGAGGUGCAGCCUAUUCUGUCUGACAAUGACCUCGCGAUGGUGGUGGCUGAAGAGUACAUCCCACUGCCUCGCCGCUCUAAGUGCAUCAGGAUGAUGAAGGAGAAGGAGAAGAAGGAGGAAUGA